CGUGGCGAGGGCGUCGUUGGGCAUUGAGUCGUUUGCUUUUGCUAAUUUCAGCAUUUCUACUGCGUCCUCAUAAUUCUCGGCUUCUUAUUGCCGUUACUGUCUUUAUUUGCUUUACUUGUUGAUGUAUUGAUACCCCCCAAAUCGCCAGACAAAAUGAAUCCCGCAAAGCUUCUCGAGGAGCACAACACUGCUGUUGCCAAGAUCCAGGAGCAAGUCAAGCACUUCUACGACAACAAGAAGCAAUUCCGGGUCUACCAUGGCUCCACCAGCUCUACGCGUCCGCUGUCCUUCAAGGCCGAUGCCAUUGUCGACACCAGCAGCAUGGACCGGAUCUUCCCCGUCAACCUGGAGACCAUGACCGUGCAGGCCGAGCCCAAGGUGCCCAUGGAUGCGCUGGCUGCUCACACGCUCAAACAUGGAGUUAUUCCCAAGAUUGUGAUGGAGUUCAAGGGCAUCACCGCUGGCGGCGGCUACUCUGGCUUUUCCGGUGAGAGCAGCAUGUACCGCUAUGGUCUCUUCAACAACACCGUGUCCGAGAUUGAGAUUGUGCUUGGCGACGGCACGCUGGAAAAGGCCAAUCGCGAGCACAACGCAGACCUGCUCGAGCAUGCUGCAGGCAGCCUGGGGACCUUUGGUAUUGUUACCCUGCUCACCAUUGAGCUGAUUCCGGCCACUCAAUUUGUUCAGCUGGACGUCCAGCUGGUCGACGACGUUGCCAAGGCCCACGACCUCUUUGAGGAAGCCGCCAAAGACGAGUCAAUUCACUUCAUCGAUGGCGUCUACUUCCGCAGGGGCGUAAUUGUCGUCAUGUUCGGACGGUUUAUCAAGACGCUGCCCAAAGGCAAAUCCCCUCUUAAAAAGAUGGAGGUGCACUGGUUUGCCGACACUAUUGAAGCUGCCAUCAAGAAGCAGCCUACGGCGGACAAGCCCGCGGAUCUCUACAUGUAUACUCCCGACUAUCUCUUCCGCUACGACCACGGUGCUUUCUGGGGCGGCAAGCUUGCCUUUAAGCAUUUCCACGUGCCUGAGAAUGCCAUUACUCGCCGCCUGGCCGACCCCUUCCUCGAUAGCCGUACCUGCUACCACGCGCUGCACAAGUCCGGCCUUGCCAACGAGUAUGUCGUGCAAGAUUUUGGUAUUCCGGCUAGCACUGUCAAGGAGUUCAUUGCCUUUGUCAACGACACGCUGCCGGAGCUGCAAAUCUUCCUGGCUCCAUGCAAGGCUCCUAGGGAGAUUGGUCUGACAUCUCGUUUCAACGCCCGUGUCGAUGAAGUCUCGGACCAGCGUAUUUUCGCCGUUGGUGUCUACGGCCGCGGACCUCGUGACCCCAAGGCCUUUUACGAGCUCAACCGCAAGCUAGAGCUGCGCAGCGCCGAACUCAUGGGAGCCAAGCUCCUGUAUGCCCGAACAUACUAUACCGAGGACGAGUUUUGGCUCAUCUACCGCAAGGAUGUCUACGACGAAAUGCGCAAGAAGUACAAGGCUGAGACGCUGCCCUCUGUCUAUGACAAGCUCAAGGCUGACAUGGACACGGGCGCAGGCAAGCGCAGGCCUGUGCGUGGCAUUCUCGCGACGAUGUGGGACAAGGCCAUUGGCAACAAGGCUUAUAUCCCCGUGACGAAAUGAGCACAUGCAAUUUGCGAAUUAUAGGCGAUCUUCGCCUUGCUUGUUCAUAUUGUGUUGGGGGGGACGAUUAAUGUGCGACAUGUUGGAUAUGUCUAAUUACAGAGCUUUGUCAGCCUGUGUGAUUGAUACCCCUGACUCUUUUGUUCUCUUUCUGUUCAUUGAUAUAGAAACAUGUCUUUUGUCUCUUUCUCCCUUUGUCGAUGGAAUACUGCUUAAUGAUACCAAGACUGUGCUCGUCUAAUACAUUCCAUGGAAUAAAAAAUUGAUAUUUCUCUACUAUGC